UAGCACGCUGGCUAAGCGAGCUUAUGGCACCUGUUUUGAAAUCUUCAGUGAUCUUUUCUGGCAGCUGAUUGUGCUGGUGAAACGUACAGUCAUGUUCGUCGACACAACAGAUUUCCUAAUUGAGUCGGCGAUGGCAGAAUGUGGCCGGAACGAAACUUAAGUUUAACUUCAGAAAAGACUCUACGGAAGCCAUAAAGUGAGCGAGGAAUGGUCGUAAAGCUAAACAAGAAACAGAAGCUACAAGGAGUCAGUUGAUGUUUGUGUUUGGAAAGAACAAACAUCAAAGUUUUUAUAACUUGCAAGUAAUCAGCUGAUAUCCGAGAAUAAUCACGGUUCCAAUGGAGACAGAGCAACUCAGAAGACUACGCCAGUUAAAGAGACGUUCUAAUAUUCCGCACUGGAGAUGGCUGGCGAGGACGCCUGUCAAAAUAUUAAAACAAUUAGUUAUGGAAAGAAGACCGGCAGAACUUCCACGAAUUGCCGCAGUUGCAUUUUUACUUAUCAACUUCGGGGUCAUAAUAUCAGAUAGUCUGGUCAUAGAUGACCCACAUUCCACAGUUAUCUGCAUCGCUGGAAAUACUUCGUACAAUGCGUCGUUUGCUAAGGACAUCGAAGCGGGAGUGUUCACCUCAUUGAAAGAAGUGGGAAGUGUAGAAAGCUGCGUGCGCAGAGCGUGCAACAGGCGGGCAGGUCACGUGGCUUUUCUUCUAGAAAAGACGUGCUUCAUGGUCCGUUGCUACGUACCACCAACAUCAUGUAGAAUUAAAACAACAAAACCUUCGACUCCUAGUAUCUUCACAAUUUCCAUCACUCCAUACACAUGGUUUGAUGCUGCUCCGGUUUUCAGCGACGAAUUACCAAGGGUGAUUGAGGUCACAGAAAACAAUCAGAGGGGUCAAAUUAUCCAGAACAUUCACGGCCAUGCAAAGAGCCGUCAAAAUCCGAAUGCUUCCAUAAAAUAUUCCAUUUUAACAGGGAACACUGGAAAUGCGUUCGAACUCAGACCCCAUCCUCUCGGUCAAAGCGCGUCCUUAGUGGCAAUCAGGAGACUAGACCGGGAAAAAAUCUCUUGGUACAACUUAACAAUCUUAGCAGUAAACAUCGACGAAAACAAAACAAGCACCAGAGUGCUUUCGAUCAAUGUAACAGAUAAAAACGACAAUGCACCUGUAUUUUCACAUACCAAUUACUCAGUGACAAUAUUAAGUAACCUUUCCUCUGGAUCUGAAGUCUUCAGAAUCAAUGCAACUGACGCCGACAUUGGAGAGAAUGCGCGCAUGCGCUUCUACUUGCUUAAUCACCAGUCUUUAUUUCGGAUAUUGCCAGAGAGUGGAACGAUUUUGCUGAACCAGAAAGUCAGAGUGGAUCGCGCGAACAGCUACACGCUUAUCGUGGCGGCGAGGAACGGAGCGCACAAGACAAUUACAACCGUAAAAGUGCAUGUUCUAGGUGUGAACGAAUACAGGCCUUUCUUUGAGAUUCCAGAGUAUAAAGUCAAAGUUUCGGAAGCUUUGAAAGCAGGAAACUCAGUUACAAAGGUUUUAGCGAGAGACUAUGAUUACGGGAAAAAUGGAGAGCUCAACUUUACAAUCAUUGCUGGGAACGUUUCUUACUUCAGUAUCGACAAGGAAGGUGUUGUCAAGACACGACAGUCGUUAUUAACUCGCGGAGGUCUAAAUGGUAGCUUAACAAUCAUUGUGAGCGACAAGGGGACGCCUCCAAAACGAUCAGUGGAUGUAGCAAAAGUAUAUAUCACGAUCGAGGAGAUAAAGAAACACAAAGUAAAGUUUGAUCUGGAGAGGUAUCACGUGACUAUAGCAGAGAACACGCCCAUCGGUGCUACGAUUCUUGCUGUUCGCGCCGUCUCGGGGGUGAAACGCGAGAAGCUCGAAGAGCAAAGACUGGACAGGAAGUCCAAACGUGUUGUUUACUCUAUUGGAAAUGCAGAUGGUAAUCGUUAUUUUAAGAUCGGUAAACACACAGGGCUAAUAACAACGCAGGUAGCCAUGGAUUACGAGAAAGUCAAAGAAUACAGAUUGGCAAUAUUUGCAAAGGACAUGGAGAGACGAGACGAAAGUGGCCGCUAUGAAUCUGACAAGUCCGACGUCGUCGUUCGUGUAUUGGAUGUCAAUGACAACGCACCUCGCUUUGUUCUUGACUCGUACCAAGAAGUCAUCAGCGAAAACGCCACGGUGGAUUCGGAAAUACUUCGAGUAACUGCGACGGAUGCCGACUCUGGAACAAAUGGCCAAAUACACUACAGGAUAGACCACGGAAACUCUAACGGCACGUUUGAACUAGACGAUAAUAAUGGCGUUUUAAAGCUACAACAGAGGCUAACAACCCAGGCGUCAGAUUUCUACAACUUGACUAUCUUUGCCAUGGAUCACGGAGUACCCUUUCUGAUCUCCAGGCCAACGUUCAUCUACUUGAAAGUUCGUCGCUCCAUUCACCCUCCAUGCACGAAAAAACUGGCAUUUCCAAAAGCUAUCUACUUGGCAGAUGUCAACGAAAGUAUUCCCAUAGGAUCAAAUAUUCUGCGUGUGACUGCUAAAAAUGGCAGAUGUAAUCCCGCAAGUAAAGUAAAUUACUUCCUGUCCGAGAUUCGCGACCCAGAAAUUGAUGACCACUUCAAGGUUUUUUCUCAAACAGGUGUUAUUAAACUACUGAAACCUCUAGACUUUGAAGAUCGGAAUAGGUAUACGUUUUACGUCGGAGCUACAGACUCCAGAACAGCAAACCCUGUCGACACCGUUCUCGUUCGAAUCUUGGUGAAAGACGAGAAUGACAACAGACCUGUGUUCUAUGAACAACGUUACAAAAAACUUCUAACAGAGACACCAGAGCCUAAGACUGUGGUCGCCCAGGUCGCAGCAUUCGAUAAGGACUCUGGGAAAAAUGCUGAGCUGGAAUACUUUAUAGUCAGCGGCAGUUACAGCUAUUUUCGUAUAGACCAAAAGAGUGGAGCUGUUUCGACGAGCGAAAGAAAAAAUUUAAAAUCGCAGAAUCUUCGUCUGUUUAACAUAACAGUGUCAGUGUCAGAUUACGGCAAACCUCCGCUGAAGGCCAAACGGCAGGCUCGACUCUCUGUACUGGUAUUCCUUCCACUCCGGUCCCCUCUCAUUUUAAUCGAAACAACGGACACGACCAUGACAAUUCGCUUUGACUUGAAGGACAUGGCACGAAGCAACAUCGCUAAAUACGGCAUCAUAGUUCAAGAAUAUGUCGACGACAACAGCGAGUAUGAUGAAAUCAGUGAAAGAGAACCACUCACGUGGUAUAAAGUGAGCCAAUCCGCAGAGGAAGACCAGGCAUUAAAUCGGUACAUUACCAAAGUGAUACCGUCCACACCGUCUAUCGAAAAAUCUAGACCGCUUGAGGUGGAAAUUGGCGUGGACAAAAAUUGUGAAAACAGACGGGGAGAUAAAGAUUUCUGUAACGGACCGUUAGGACCAGGCAAGAAAUACAGAUUUCAGUUGCGCGCCUACUUGAAGUCCACCGGACCUUUUGAGGACUGUAAAUAUAAGGACAGCGAUUUCUCAAACCCACACUUUACAGCAUUACCACAACCGAAGCCAGCGUAUCAAAAGGAAGUGAGAAAGAAUUACGAUGCGGUUGUAUACAGUGUCGGCACUGCUUUGGUGUUAGUCAUCAUUUUAGCCUUUCUGAGGGGUUUUUAUCGAUUAAAAUUGGAUAGAAAGAGGAUUCAUGAAGAAAAGAAGAAGCGUAUUUCAUUUCCAAUGAGUAAUCCACGGUUCCAGGAGCCAAACUCACCAGUUGAAAAGAUCAAAACCCCAGGACCCGCAAAGAAAAUGGUUGCUGUCAAUCUCGACAAGGGCUCAGAGUUUAGUCAUCGGGACGAAGACGAAGGUUCAUCCCCAGACUCCGCACUAGAUGAAAGUACAAGGCCAUUACAGAGUAGAAGACGUCCAACAUUACAGGAAGUGAGAUUAAAAAAUUACUUUAACUCCGUGGAGUCCUCGUCGUGUGCAUCGUGUGACCACGUGAAAAUUUACUGUGUGCAGGAGACAGUCACGUGAUCGUACAAUAGCCUGUCAUCAAACUGACACUUGCCGGACAAAAUCAGAGUGGGACACUUGUCUGAUCCAGAGUGUACAUCACAAGUCAAGUUUACGACAUAACACAGUUUUAAGAUGAAGUUUGGUUCUGUUUUUAAAAACGAAGCAUUAUGUAAAAUCUCAAUCAUAAGCUUAAUUUUCAUCGAAAGGAAUUUCGGAAUUAAGCUGUACUUGACCACGCUGGUUUUUCAGCAAGCUUCGCUUUAAAACGGAGCCAAAACUUAGCUCGUAAAGGCAUUGUCAAAAUGUGUCUUUCGUUGUUCUUUUCGUCAAGACAGUCAUUGUUAGGAGGAAUUUUCGGCAAUUCAAAGGAAUUGACACGUUAUUUCACACAAUCAGGCGACUCUAAACUAAAGACAUAAACUAUGAGGGUAUUCAAAUUUGCUUUAAAAAACAAACUCAAGGGUAAAAAUAAGUUAUUAAGAUUAUGAGCACUUAUUAGACACAAUAUAAUUUUAAAAACGUAAUAUUACUGUUACUAGAGCGAGUUUUAAAUAGUGUCAAAAUUAAUCCGAAAUUAUGUGGGUUCUGCUGGUUCUCCUUUACUGCAUUGACUUUUUGACCAAUCAAAAAGCAACUAAACUGACCGUGACUUAGUCAGGCAUUUUCCCGCGUCUAAACAGGUCACGUAAAUUUAAGCGGGUCUAACCGUCCGAAUGUAUUGCUUCAACACAAGGAUCUGCCCUAAUGUUAAGAAACUUUACUCAAAAGUGCUCUUUUGCAAAAAGAAAACUAAAUAUGUGGGUAAAAUGCUAAAAUGCUGAGAUUUAUCUUUCCAGUUGGAAUGUUUAAAAGAAGUUAUCUAGUUCAGAUGAAAUUAUUUCCUAGGAAAGUUGUCCUAGCUGUAUAGUAUAAAUAUAUAUAUAUUACAUAAAUAUGAUAAUCUUGUAUGGAUCAUUUUAAGAUUUUCUCCUUAUUAACAAGGACCGAGUGGCGAAAUUUUCAUUGCCUUUCCAUACUCCACUGGCUGGUUUAAAAUUCUUAAGUUUUCUAAUUAACCUUUUACAAUUAUAUUAGAUUUCGUCCAGUUGUUGUUUUUUUCUAGUCUCUCAGUACAACUUACAGUUUCCUCAAGUUUAUGUAAAAUUUUUUUCCUUGGGAACGCAUGAGAGCGAAUACAACAGUUGACAAACAAAGUAAGGUGUAUCUCGGGUGAUUCUAAAUCUGCCGUAAUUCGAUUCGCAUCUCUCCCUGUUGGCCGUUAUAUAUUUUUCUUGUAAGUCUGGAAAUAAUGUUUGGUUUUCACAUCAAGAAUAAGUACAUUCA